AUGUGGAGGUCCUGCUGGACAGCGUGUCUCUCGUGGACUUUAUUCAUCUGCAUCGUCAGAAGUUAUGCACAAGAAAGACAGUAAGUGGUUGACCUAAUUCUAUUGUAAAUUAGCAUGUUGCUAUUUUUAGUGUAAUAUGCAAAACCACACUGUUUCACCUUGUUCAUUCCUAGUUUAACAGAUCAAUCAAUACUUAAUUUAUUGCAAUAUUUUUUACAUGUACAAAUCGCAUUGUUUUGUAUAGUUUUUUUCAUUUUCACUAUAAGCUGAAUUUUACAUUUGCGGAAUGAAUUCAGGAUUGUUUGGAAUGAAAUGGAUUUAUAAAGAGGGUUUGUUCAUUAUGCCAUGAACGUGAAACAAUGUAUCGAACUCACUUGACACAUUCUGCGCCUUAGUUGCGGUUGGAUUGAUGAUGCUGUCGACACGUUUUCACAUGAAAUAUGGGAUUUCUUUCCUUCUAAAAUGUUAUUACAACGCUUUAUAAAUUAUACUAUGUCCCAUAAGCAGACGACAUUUGGGAUAUAUGAUGCAAAUCGAAGGCUUGAGCCCCAAUUGUUUAUUUAUUUGUGGGUUCUUUGUGGUACUUUGCAGCAAAUAUCAACCCUGAUAAAAGUUAGUGUUUUUCUAAUUCGUUUUCACCUACCCCCUAUUUGCAUUAACAACACUAUUGAAAUUUAAACAGUUAAAAAUAGUCGUUCCUAUAAAAUAGGUCAACCAGGACUGCUGUUCUGCUGCAGUAAGUGUUUUAGAGCCCAUUUACAAAAGGGAAACAGAAAUGUUUUAUUUUAUAAUAUACCAUUCAUACACCAUUAUCUCUGGUAGGAGAAGAACAUUACAAAGAGAUUACAGCCUAAGAGCAAUGAGAUGCUUUACUAGAUUUGUGUACAUAUUAUUUCCUAUGAAUGGAAAACUAUCCUCCAAUACUACUAGUUCCUCCACCUCCCUGUGUUUGACAAAAACCUCUACUGAAAUUCGUUUGACUUUGGGCUCUUUGAUGCUAUCAGUUGGGCUGCAGUCAACAUUAUGACAGAGCCUAAUCCUGAACUGUGGAGAAUUUGGCUGUGUUAAUUAUGAAGGGUUACAAGCUGUGCUGCCAAGUGCUCCAGAGGGAAGCCCACCACACCACACCAUAGAGAAUGCUACAGGACUAAUACCAGCUUUCCUAAGAAAAGAACAUCAGUCUUCAAGCAUUGGAGACUGAACUCUGAGACAGGCAGAAACCACUGUGAAGUUCAAUGCAUCUGCCUGUGUGAUUAAAGUAAGCAUGGUCCUCAGCACCUGACGCAGGCCUAUCAAAGAGAUGAUUGAACUUGCUGCAGAUCAAACGCUGAGAGUCAAUUUCCUCGUAUUAUCUUGCUAUUCUCAAAACCCAAUUUUCCAAGGGAUUUUCUCAUGACUCUGGGACUUAGACAUCCUUAGAUAGCCUCUGGCUCCCAGCACUGUAAUGCUAACCACCUGAUCUGACACUCAGACAUGCAACUGGGUUGGUGGAUUCCAUGCUCAUUCUAGUUUGAGUGAUCUCAAAUAAAGUUUCAGAUGGGAGCUCCCAGGUCUAGAAAAAUGGUCACCUGAAUGACACACAGAACCUGCUUUUUAAAUAAUGUAAUCACAUUUUUAUUGAGUUUAACUCAUGAAAAAGUGAAAUGAGCAUGUAAUUACACUGUAGUAAUAAUAACGUAAUAGUGUGAUAAAAGUACAUCAUGGAACCUAAGUAUGCCUCCAAACUAAAGCCAGUGAACUUUUGGAGAUCUUUAAAAUGCCACUUCCCUUGCUCUCAUUUAUGGAGGUCUUUUGCCAACCAUUGGUAAAAGUUUAAUUGGACUUUUAGAAUGUUUAUCUGCAUCUGAGGAUGUCCUUUGGCCUCCAACCCUUCUGAUAGCUGUCUUCCCUCGACUAAAUAUCAGAAUGACUGUCUGGAAUCUUGGUCGUUAUGUUUAAAAAACAUUCUAGUUUUGUGGUUCCAGACCACCCAAAGAGAACACUAGAGCAGAGCCCUGUUGGCUGACAGGUACUGUGUCGCUGCUAACCUCGCAGUUAAACCUGAUCUCACUUUGCAAAUCCCUUGAGGUGUGUUUGUGUGCGUGUCAAUACUGCCUGAUGAACAGCCAUAUUUGGAGGGCAGGAAGAGGGUGAAGUUGGGGCCACUGGUGUGUUGAUAUUGGGUGCUGCUGGAAGCAUAGUGGGAUGAGAAUAAUCUAUUUAUCAGAACCUGUAAAAACAGCAAGCCCUCAAGGACCAGAGUUGUGAACCCCUGGCUGAAGUACCGUCUGAACAAAAGUUUCCGUGGCCCACUGUCUGUUGACCAAGCCCACUUUUUCUCCUGGUCACUAGGGGUUACCUGAUCGCUGCUCCCUCAGUUUUCCGCGCUGGCGUGGAGGAGGCCCUGAGCGUCACCAUCUUCAAUGCUGUGGAGGAGACACAUAUUCAAGUCCAGCUCUCUGUGAAGGGUGAGACAGUGGCACACAGCCAUGGCACUGUGCUAGGUGAGGACCCCCCCCCCCCCACACACACACACACACACACACAUGCUGACGCAGAAACACACACCACCAUUCCCUACACACGCUGAGAGUGGAUUACACACACGCUCUUACAGGGGAACGUACACAGUGUGAGGCUGAUUGACCCCUGACCUGUUGAGUGUAUACUCCUGACCUCACAGGGCCCUUAACGGAUGUUUCUUAUGAUAGGGGGUUUAUUGCAAAGCCUGGCUUGUCUAACCAGGAUUUUGUGUAUAUCUAUGUGAGAUUUGUUUGACAGCACUACUAAUGGGACUUCAGCGCUUCAUUGAAAGAGCCUGUAGCUGUAUCUCCUGUAGAGUGCAUCACUCCAGUUCCACUGGUUUUCCUUUCCUCUGGCAAUUAAUUGAUAACCGUGAUUGGCCAGAGAUUUCACAUAACGGGUUAUAUCUUGCACACAUCGCACCGAAUGUGGAUCUAGCAUUUGUCUGCCGAUCGUUCAGACAUUUGUCACGUGAUUCUACAUGUAAAAUCGGUUCGCAAAUUACGUUAAUUAGUGUUAAGCACUCUCGGCCAGCAAAUGCUAUUGGGCGUGUUUCUGAGCCUAAAGGAUAACCAGCCAUUAUAUAACUAAGGUUCUUGAUUACUGUAAAAGGCAAGGACGGAAACCAGUAAACACUGUGUCCCUCAAGGUCCGGUGUUGACGCGAGUUAAUGUUCCUUGAAUCAAACCACACCUCUCAAUCACAAGAGCUCAAUCAUUUUGAUAGAUUGUUUUACUUUGUUUUGUGUGUACUUUUACUGAUUGAUUUUAUUCAAUUUUCUCCAUUUCAGACAAAGGCACAAUCAAAUUAAAGGUGAGAGCAACGCCAUUGUGUUUAACAGCAUUUUUAUCUAUCAUUUAUCAGUUGGUUAUAUCAGGUCUUUGUUGUGUAGAGUUAUAAAUAAACAACGCAAUUGUUGUUUCAAGAGUGUAUUUAAAAUGCAUUGAAAUGGUUGUGGCUCCACCUGCACAGAAGUGAGAUCCAAUUCAGUUUGUCCACAUUCCACAAACGACAUGCAAAACAACACUAACAUCAUUUGUAUGUGAACAUCUGCCUUUUUGCACAUUCAUUUGGAAUAAGGUAACAGCCUCAAUAUAAUAUGCAACAGCUGUUGAUGUGCAUGUAUGGGUCUGCAGCCCCCGAAGGCUGGAAUGGAUCAAUCCAACAUGCAUGACUUGAUUCCUCCCCUCCCUCUAACCCCCACCCGUCUUUAUGAAAUAUAGUCUCAUAUUGUGUUAGCUAAGCACUUUAGCAUCUGGUUUGCCACUGGUCUGUGUGGUGUGGUGUUGUGUUAGGUACCACAUCCUGAAGAUAUACUGUUUGUGUCCUUCCUGGUUUCAGGUCCCUCCUGGUCUGAGAGGUCAGGCCCAUCUGAAGGUGUGGGGGAAUCGCCACAUCACUGAGGGGGGAUAUAUCUUCCACAACUACACCACUGUCACUGUGGACAGCAAGGGCACAGCUGUCUUCAUCCAGACGGAUAAGCCAGUCUACAAGCCCAAACAAAAAGGUCUCAACCUCCCAGGCCCUUCAGUAUCAGCCAUUGGCAUAAACCUUCUACUGUAGAUAGAUGUACUCGUAGGCCAUUAUGUCUUAAUAGCAGCCCAGGAGAAAAGCUAAUGACAUGGAUUGUGUAUUGCACUCUACAUAAAAUAUGCAUUAAAGUGGAUAAUAAUCUGUUCCUCUCUCAAUCAGUGCUCAUCAACGUGUACUCAGUCACUCCGGAUCUGAGGCCGACCAAUGACAAGGUAAUGCAACCAGUCUCUCACAUCAAAGCCAAGACAUCACACCCACUUACAGGAAAUGGAUGGGAUAUGAAUUAUGAGAAUCAGGUGUGUUGACCUAAUGUGUGUCAGUGGGCCUUGAUGCCAAGCAGCUGGCCUCCUCUCUUUUGAUGUAUACCGGCUUCAAAUGAAGAGUGGUGGCAUCACGCUAGUUUAUACACACUUAUUUUUUCCAAGAUCCCCUCAGAGGGGAGUGAAGUGGGGGAAACCUGGCCUGAAUACACACUAAAUGUACAGUAACCUAUUUACCUCCACAAACCUUGAGUAAUUUCUGCUGGAAUUUUUGAAAUGGCUCCAAAUAUACCAUUGCCACUGUGUAGACAGUGUGUUUAUUGAUGGCUAGAGCUAUAAAGGUCCGCUGCUGGCAAAGGCUAACGAUCGCACUCACAGAUGGAUGAUUGUUGGAGAGGGGAGGCGGGGAGGAGAUAUUUUGCCAUGUGGCUGUGCAGUUUGUCUAAUGUGUGCGCCAUCCUUGACAAUAAUUUUUUUCAUCUUCUUCUUACCCUGGUUGCAGAUUGAAGCCUACGUUGUGGUGAGUGGAGGGAGAGGGACCACUUGGGCUUGGAGGGAGGGCCAUGGGACACUGGGGGUUUAGUCUCCCAACCCCAGGCAGGAGAUUACAGGGCAGGGAAGGGCUCGCUUUGAUAACAGGCCUGUGCUCUGAGCUCCAGCCUGGCCCCUGAAGCAGGCCAACCUAACACUGAACAUGAAAGGAACUGCUCUCUUUGACUCAGCUGCUCUCUCCUGCUGUUACUAACGCCUCAAUCUCUCUCCUUCUCUCUCUCCCUCACUCUCCGUCCAUCUCACGUCCUCUGGUGCUCUGUCUGCGGUGGCUUUGCAGGGCAAAUAUGCUGCUUGGUGUUAAGAUUCCAGUGGAAGUUGUUGUAUAAACGAGCUCAGCUCAGGGACUAAGAAUAACUGUGUAGCUGUUUGUGUUAUUCUGUCACCUGCAGCCAGCAGAGCAGUGGCCUUACCUGAUUGACGGCUGUUAGUGUUAGUCUUUCUCCUAGAGUCAGAGCCAAGCCAGUGUAUGUAAGAAGUAGCUUACUGUAGGAGUGGGGGACAUGGAGGUGUUACCCCCAAUAUAUUUAUUUACAUAACCCUUACAUAACUUAACUCAUGAGUACUUAUGUAAGUUCAUGCCAUUUUUUGAGCAAUCCCCACAGCUUUCACGUAGGGAGAAACAGAUUGAUGCUUGUUUUGAUGAAAGUAGAAUCUCUUGAUCAACUGUGUAUUCAUACUCUGGAUUGCAGGACCCAAGAGGAUCUCGGAUGGUUCAGUGGAAAGGGCUUAAACCCCUCUGCUGCGGUGAGAGAAACUCCCUAUGUUAUCAUGUGGUGUUGACUGAGUCAAAAACCCUGUUUUUUGACCCCUGCUUCUCUCCUCAGGGAUCGUCAACAUGAGUUUCCCUCUCUCAGACCAGCCCGUGUUUGGAGAGUGGUUCAUCUUUGUAGAGAUGCAGGGACACACCUACAACAAGUCCUUUGAAGUGCAGAAGUAUGGUGAGUUGCUAACUGAGCGUGACCAUUUAUCCAGAUUGGGAUGUGGUUUGGGUUGAAAGGUUUUGGAACUCCAGCAUGGUUACAUAACAAAGAUACGUUCAAAGACCCUUCUGUUUGAGGUGGUAUUUAUAGGUUUGAACUGGGACUGUAUAGCCAUGUUGUCAUGCCUCUCUUUGCAUAAUGUGGACUCCUCUCCCCCUGAUCCACAGUGAUGCCCAAGUUUGAGCUGGUGAUAGACCCUCCACAGUACAUCCAGGACCUCAACACGUGUGAACAGGCCACUGUGAGGGCCAGGUGAGUGACUGACUCGCAGCAUUCACCUCAUCCUAACAUGGUCAAUGUGAUUCCCUAACACAUACUGUUCGUUGAAUAUUAGAGAGGCAAAGUAGCACCUCUACUCUUGUUUGAACACAAACUACUUUUCUGUCUUUAGAUAUACCUUUGGGAAGCCAGUGACAGGGAAGAUGACAGUGAACAUGACAGUGAAUGGAGUUGGGUACUACCGACAUGAGGUGGGCCAUCCUGUGGUCAAGACCAUGGAGGUGAGUGAACCCUGCUGCAGUGCUGAAGAAUCUAAAACUAUCAGGAAAAUGGAAUCACAUUCAAUUCUGCCGAGUGUCCCCUUUUAGGAUUAAUUUAAGAUAUUUAACAGUCUGUUUCCUCCACUAUGAUUAGAUCAAAGGCUCAGCGACCUUCAGCCUGUGUGUCAAAGACAUGAUGCCCCUGGACGUGGCUGAUCAUUUCCGUGGCACUGUGAACAUGUGGGUGUCAGUGACCAGUGUGGACGGAGGACGGCAAACAAUGUUUGAUGAUUCAACCCCAGUUCACAAGCAGCUUAUCGACAUCAAAUACUCAAAGGACACUCGCAAACAGUUCAAGCCUGGCCUGCCCUACAAGGGAAAGGUAAGAGACAGCCAAAGGUAUUCAUACGAUUGACUUCACAUUACCUCUAUCAAGGGAAACUGGACUGUACAAGACUUGGGUUCACUUAUGCGUCUCCAUGCGAGAGACCUGACUGUCUGUCCCCCUGUCCCCCAGGUAGAGGUAACCUACCCUGAUGGUAGCCCAGCAGAUGGGGUGCGGGUGCGUGUGAAGGCGGAGCUGACCCCUAAGGACAACGUGUACACCAGCGAGCUGACGUCCAGGGACGGCCAGGCCACGUUUGAGAUCCCCUCCAUUCCCAACGCUGCCCAGUACGUCUGGCUGGAGGUCAGUGGACCAUGGAGGUGGAGAGAUGGAGGAAGGUGGAGAGAUGGAUGGAGGUGGAAAGAUGGAGGGAGGUGGAAAGAUGGAGGGAGAGAUGGAAGGAGGAGGUGGCGCGAUAGAGGGAGAGGUGGAGCGAUAGAGAGAGAGAUAGAGGGAGUGGAGAUAUAGAGGGAGAGGUGGAGGGGGAGAGAGAGGUGGAGGUGGACAUGGUUAGAGCUUAGUUAGCUUCUCAUAAGAGCUAUUCAUAAAACCGAGCUAUCAGGAUUAUGUUUGAUAGGAUUUUGCUUGAUGUCAUCAUAGUCCAGAGAGUGGAAUGUAUUGGUGGGUUAAAUCCUGUCGUGUGUUGUGCCCCAGACCAAGGUGACAGCCAUAGAUGGCCGUCCGGCUGGAGACCAGUACCUCCCCAGCUACCUGUCCAUCAGCAGCUGGUACUCCCCCAGCAAGUGUCACAUCCAGAUCCAGAGCCUCAGCGCUCCUCUCAAGGUACGCACUCCACCCGACUAUCAUUACUUUACUAGCAUUACACAUCAUCAGAUCUCCAACACCAUCGUUGAGACAUUGGUCACAUAUCAUAUACAGACUGUAUGUAAACAGUAAUAACAUAGUACUACUAAUACUAUUAUGAUCAUUAUGAUGUCUCUAGCGUAAUAGUGGGUGUGUGUUUGUGUGUGUUUAGAUCGGUCAGGAGGCUGAGGUCACUCUGAAGUCCACCUGUCCCUGUAACUUCACCCUCCACUAUGAGAUCGCCUCCAGAGGAAACAUCGUCCAGUCCGGCCAGCAGCAGCCCAACGCUACAGUCCCACAGAAGCAAGAGGGCAGCGGUCACCUUCGACAAGAACAUCCACACCACCACGCCACCCAGUGGCUCUGGUCAGUACUAUAGAGUCCCAGAUGAGAAGUCUAUUUUGUUCCAUAUUGAAGUGCAGAUAAUUUUGACCAAUGGACACCAUGUUUGCACCAAACGUUCCAAUGCAUUCUGCUAAGAAUACAUAGAGGAUAGUUGGUCAAACUCUGUAUAUAUUUAGCUCUUCCCCCUCUCUGUCUCUUCUACCUCUUGUCUCCUCUCUCCCUUUAUACUCUCUUUCUCUUCCCAUGCCCUCCAGGUCCGGCAGCCUCCUCCCCACUGGGUGAGACAGACAGCUGUAUGCUGGUGCUGCGUUUGCCAGUGACCCACAACAUGGCACCCCUCAGCCGCCUCUUGGUCUACUACGUGAGGGAGAAUGGAGAGGGCGUCACUGACAGUCUACAGAUCCCUGUACAGCCCAGCUUUGAGAACCAGGUACCGUACAGGACGUCCCUCUCUGAGUCCUUGAAUCCCUCAAUGUGCACUGUACAUACAGUCUUGCCUGUACACACAGUCGUCCCUGUACACACAGUCCUCCCUGUACACACAGUCACUGUCAGAAUGAUAGGUAGGUCUAUCAUGGUUGCCAGUUUGUCCCUGAUUUAGCCAACUCAUGCCAGACAACAAAGGAGUUGGCUAAAGCAGAAACAGACUGGCAACCAGGCCACGUUUAGUUUGGGAUAGGACUGGGCGAUAUGGCCUAAAAAUCAUAUCUCAAUUUUUUCAAACUUAUGGACGAUUCACAAUAUAAAGUACCAGUAGAAAGUUUGGACACACCUACUCAUUCCAGGAUUCUUCUUUAUUUUUACUAUUUUCCACAUUGUAGAAUAAUAGUGAAGACAUCAAAACUAUGAAAUAACACAUAUGGAAUCAUGUAGUAACCAAAAAAGUGUUAAACAAAUCAAAAUAUAUUUUAUAUUGGAGAUUCUUCAAAGUAGCCACCCUUUGCCUUGAGGACAGCUUUGCACACUCUUGGCAUUCUCUCAACCAGCUUCAUGAGGUUGUCACCUGGAAUGCAUUUCAAUUAACAGGUGUGCCUUGUUAAAAGUUAAUUUGUGGAAUUUCUUAAUACGUUUGAGACAAUCAGUUGUGUUGUGGCAAGGUAGGGGUGGUAUACAGAAGAUAGCCCUAUUUGGUAAGAGCUCAAAUAAGCAAAGCGAACCGACAGUCCAUCAUUACUUUAAGACAUGAAGGUCAGUCAAUCCGUAACAUUUCAAGAACUUUGAAUGUUUCUUCAAGUGCAGUCGCAAAAACCAUCAAGCGCUAUGAUGAAACUGGCUCUCAUGAGGACCGCCACAGGAAUGGAAGACCCAGAGUUACCUCUGCUGCAGAGGAUAAGUUCAUUAGAGUUACCAGCCUCAGAAAUUGGAGCCCAAAUAAAUGCUUCACAGAGUUCAAGUAACAGACACAUCUCAACAUCAACUGUUCAGAGGAGACUGCGUGAAUCAGGCCUUCAUAGUCGAAUUGCUGCAAAGAAACCACUACUAAAGGACACCAAUAAUAAGAAGAGACUUGCUUGGGUCAAGAAACACGAGCAAUGGACAUUAGACCGGUGGAAAUCUGUCCUUUGGUCUGAUGAGUCCAAAUUUGAGAUUUUUGGUUCCAACCGCUGUGUCUUUGUGAGACGCAGAGUAGGUGAACGGAUGAUCUCCACAUGUGUGGUUCCCACCGUGAAGCAUGGAGGAGGACAUGUGAUGGUGUGGGGGUGCUUUGCUGGUGACACUGUCAGUGAUUUAUUUAGAAUUCAAGGCACAGUUAACCAGCAUGGCUACCAAAGCAUUCUGCAGCGAUACGCCAUCCCAUCUGAUUUGCGCUUAGUUGGACUAUAAUUUGUUAUUCAACAGGACAAUGACCCAACACACCUCCAGGCUGUGUAAGGGCUAUUUGACCAAGAAGGAGAGUGAUGGAGUGCUGCAUCAGAUGAACUGGCCUCCACAAUCACCCGACCUCAACCCAAUUGAGAUGGUUUGGGAUGAGUUGGACCGCAGAGUGAAGAAAAAGCAGCCAACAAGUGCUCAGCAUAUGUGGGAACUCCUUCAAGACUGUUGGAAAAGCAUUCCAGGUGAAGCUGAUUGAGAGAAUGCCAAGAGUGUGCAAAGCUGUCAUCAAGGCAAAAGGUGGCUACUUUGAAGAAUCUAAAAUCUACAUAUAUUUUGAUUUGUUUAACACUUUUUUGGUUACUACAUGAUUCCAUAUGUGUUAUUUCAUAGUUUUGAUGUCUUCGUGUAGAAAAUGGUAAAACAUUAAGAAAACCCUUGAAUGAGAGGGCUUGUGAAAUUAUACCUAAACUAAAUACAAGCCUUACAAAACCAUAAGACCCACUAAUUAUUUAAUUAUUUACAAUAGGUGCUUUUUUGUAAUAUUCACUGAUCUGGCAUUCAAGUCAGGUCUAUGAAAACGCCCUUUUUGUUACACAUUUUACCAGAACCAUACAUAGACUAUUCUUAUAGAAAAUUAACACAGUCUCAUACAAUUAAGCACAUAACUGCUGAGUAUCAGUAAUAUUUAAUUAAAGCCAACUGUCAGCAGCUACACUUUGUUCAGUGUGAACAACCUCAUUUCAAAUGAAAGAGUUCUCUACAAAUGCAACUUUUUAUGAUUAUAGCCAUUUAAAACACGUAGACUGCUAGGAUACAGUAUUUGGAGAAAUCCUAUAGUACUGCAACGCCGCGCGGAUGAGCAUCAUUUUCCAAACUUUCAUGAUACCCCGUUUUAUAGUUCGUCUUGCGCAAUUCUGAGAGUUAGACAUAAAACUGAACUCCAACUGUAGUAAUGUUCAAGUUCGGUGUCAUUGACAAUCUGUGGCCAAACCUCAAUGCAAUACGAUUGGUAACCGUUGUCAGAGAGAAGAAUUCUCUCAUCUUUGUUGUGUGAGUGGCUGGGGAGGGCGUGGUGUGUGUGGUUGUGUAGCAAAGAGGAUCUGUCCAAAAUAUCCCAUGCGUUCUAGGCUAUUUUGGACCUAACUUGUCGCCUGACUUCCUGCCUGGACAACGACUGCAAUCGAAUUAAUUAAUUCGAUAUAUCCAGCCAUUUGGAUGAUGAGACAUAACACACGUCGUGACGUUUCUGGUGGACCAUAGUUGACUGAAGUCCAUCUAUGUACAGUGGGAUCCCCAGUGCCAGUGAUCGCUGUUUCAACUAGCUGUACAUCCGUGUGCUCAGUGUAGCAUGGCGUGCAACGCCAAUUCCACGGGGGGCCAGUAUGAAAAUGUAUGCACUCACUAAAACUGUAAGUCGCUCUGGAUAAGAGCGUCUGCGAAAUGACUAAAAUGUAAAGUUGGCCCAUGAGCUCCACAGUUGCUGGCUGCAUUAGGCAGGCUGGGUUAACUCCUGAAGUAUUUACUGCUCCCUGGUAUGCAAUCAAUGAGGUAGGGAGGUGUGUGUGGCUACCUAUGUGGACAUGAUGAGACAGAGACUGUGUGUGGAGAUGAGUGGGGUCAUGACAGGCAGGAUGAUGAGGGGUUAAGCUAGGAGCUGGAAAAAGGAGGCCAGUGGAACACAUAAAGGGCUAAUUUGGGCUUUUGUGUGAAAACCGGUUUGGGGUGUCAAGGUUUAGGGCUGUCAUUGUCCAUCUUCAGGCCCUGCGUUGAACUGUUGACUCCUGACCAUAAAUACAUCAUCAUGGCUAUGGGUCUCACAGGAACUCUCAUCUGUGUCUUUGUCUGUAGGUGUCUGCCUCUUUGUCUACCAACGAGUCAAUGCCAGGUGACCCUAUCAGUCUGCGUGUCAGUGGUGAGAAGGGCUCCUGCGUAUGUGUCGCCACCGUGGACAAGAGCCUCUAUCUUCUCAAGCCAGACUUCCAGCUCAGUCCAGACAAGGUCUGUCUCCCUCCAUCUUACCUUGUUUCUAAUCUAUAGUACCGCUUAACUACAUUCGGACAGGUAAUGAAUGUAAGCCAUCCAUGUCCACUGUUCUGUAGGUGUUUAAAGAACUGGCAGACUUUGAUGUGUCCGAUGGCUUUGGAGUUCCCAAAGACGACGGGCACUUCUGGUGGCCGGGGCUGUCGUCUAAGCGACGGAGGCGUUCUUCAGUGUUCCCCUGGCACUGGGACAUCACUAAAGAUGCCCGCUUCGCCUUCACGGUGAGAACAACGCCCAAUCAUCAGGCGUAGCAUAAGAUCUUCAGUCUAUUGUUUUUACAAUGUGUGUGUGUCUGUAAUGUGUAACAGGAGACUGGUCUCGUGGUGAUGACUGACAUGGUGACCCUGAACCACAGACAGAGUGGAGGGAUGUACACAGACGAGGCCGUUCCUGCCUUCCAGCCUCACACAUCCACACUGGUGGCAGCCAUGCACUCUCGCACUGUGCCCAGGUAGCUACACAUAUAACGGCAGGUUUUUGCCAAUUAUAACUUGUCACUGUGCCCACUAUUCUCUAGUACCUGAACCAGAAACUGGACUGUUGGGAUGGGGACCAUAAAUAUUUAGGACUUUACUCCACAAAUGACUUUAAUUCUUGAGAUGAACAUUACACAUGUGUGCCUUAACAAAUGUCAGCGUGGGUUUAAAUACAAUCAAUUUUCCAACUACAGGUUGUUGCAUCCAGAUCCAUAAUGGAAGGCCUUUAUUGAUGUCAAGUUGUGUUGUUUUGGUUGCAGAACAGAAAGCGCAGGCGGACAUUUUUCCCGGAGACGUGGGUGUGGCACUGCAUCAAUGUCAGGUACUGGAACACCCACAUCGUCUGUGUGUGUGUCUCUGUGUGUGUCUGUGUCUGUCUGUGUCUGUGUCUGUGUGUGUGUGUGGGUCUGUGUGUGUGUGUGUCUGUGUGUGUGUCUGUGUCUGUGCGUGUCUGUGUCUGUGUGUGCGUGCGUGUCUGUGUCUGUGUGUGUGUCUGUGUGUGUGUCUGUGUGUGUGUCUGUGUGUGUCUGUGUGUGUCUGUGUGUGUGUCUGUGUGUGUGUCUGUGUGUGUGUCUGUGUGUGUGUCUGUGUGUGUGUGUGUGCGUGUCUGUGUCUGUGUGUGUGUGUGUGUCUGGGUAAAAGAUUGAAAGGAAUGUAAGUCUUAUUUAUUAAUUGCUUGCUUUUCUAAAGUCACCCAACCUUGCCAGCAGGCAUACCAGCUAAGAUAGUUAGAUAAGCUAGCUACUCUAACUUGAUUGAUAGCCUGAAAUGGCUUCUUGGUAGCUGGAGAUUAUGAGGUUUGGAGAUUGGGAACCUAUCUGAGCUAACUUAAAGCCAACUUCAUAAAAUUGCUAGGUGGCUAGUAGUAUUACAGAGAAACGGAAAAAAAACACACAAAAAAAACAGGUCAAAUCUGAGGGGGCACGUGCCCCUAUGAGCGUGACGCCUGUGCGUCUGAAUACAUUUGUGUGUGUGUGUGUUUGAGAGAGUGGGUGGAGAUGGUCUCAGCUGCAUCAGAUUGUGGGUAUUUAAUUGGGAUUUGGGGGUGUUCCAGAUCUGUGAGGAUGGAGGAGUGGGAGGGGUAAGGGAGCACAUAUUUGAGAGGGGGAUAUUUCACCACUGCAUUUUCUCCCAGUGGGUGUGAAUGUGGCCCAUUUAAGCAGGGUUGUCUUGGAACACACAUCGGUUUUCUCAACAGCUCUUGCCUUUCAAUUCCAGCCAAUAUAAAUAAACUGGCCAUAGAUUUCCAUAUGCUUGAUUCCUUUGGGCAGAGUUGUGUUCUGCCUAAUUUCCUAUUCAAUCCAACGCUUUGAUUUCCCUUAUUGAGUGUAUCAAAGUCAUUUUGGGGUGACUUUGAUAAAAAGACAGUGCGUUAGUAAUUUCCGAGAAUGCUUAUUAUGCCCUGUGAAAGCCAGCCAAAACCAACGUCAGUACGGGUAGCCAACAAUGAUCUCACUCAUUUAUAAAACAGCUUUACUGAACACCUGCCUGUUUUUCACACCUAUGUAUUGCAAUGUGUUAUGGGCAGAAUAUUACUUAGUUACAGGUGUUUCCCAUAUGAGACACAUAUUAGAUCAAUCCCCUUCAUUCCCAUAACGUGGUCUUGUUCCAAAAAUUAGUCUGAAACAGUGUUUUCUAUGGGAGUCAUGCUUAGAGAACAUUGUUUGUUGGAAUGGUACAUUAGCUUCUGAGUAAAAUGUCACCCCCCCCCCCCCCCCCCAAAUCUGUUUUGGCAGUGAUGUCACCGGCGAAGCUGAGUUACGAUUGGACGUUCCAGACUCCAUUACCACCUGGGUGACAGAGGCCAUUGGCUUGUCAGAGGAGAAGGGGCUGGGCCUUGCCAAGAGGGCGGAGCUUCGUACCUUCAAGCCCUUCUUCGUAGACUUCACCCUCCCCUACAGUGUGAUACGUGGGGAGCAGACCAAAGUACCGCUGACUGUUUACAACUACCUGUCUACCUGCGCAGAGGUGAGGGGGCGAAAGAAGGGGUGGACACUAAACCAUGACGACCACGAGGAAAUCUGGUCCUAACACGACCAUAACUGUGUCCAUCCUCCUGUUUACAGAGAUCAAAUCAAAUCAAAUCAAAUUUUAUUGGUCACAUGCGCCGAAUACAACAGGUGCAGACAUUACAGUGAAAUGCUUACUUACAGCCCUUAACCAACAGUGCAUUUAUUUUAAACAAAAAAGUAAGAAUAAAACAACAACAAAAAAGUGUUGAGAAAAAAAGAGCAGAAGUAAAAUAAAGUGACAGUAGGGAGGCUAUAUAUACAGUAAAAUAAAGUGACAGUAGGGAGGCUAUAUAUACAGGGGGGUACCGUUGCAUAGUCAAUGUGCGGGGGCACCGGCUAGUUGAGGUAGUUGAGGUAAUAUGUACAUGUGGGUAGAGUUAAAGUGACUAUGCAUAAAUACUUAACAGAGUAGCAGCAGCGUAAAAAGGAUGGGGUGGGGGGGGGCAGUGCAAAUAGUCCGGGUAGCCAUGAUUAGCUGUUCAGGAGUCUUAUGGCUUGGGGGUAGAAGCUGUUGAGAAGUCUUUUGGACCUAGACUUGGCACUCCGGUACCGCUUGCCGUGCGGUAGCAGAGAGAACAGUCUAUGACUAGGGUGGCUGGAGUCUUUGACAAUUUUGAGGGCCUUCCUCUGACACCGCCUGGUAUAGAGGUCCUGGAUGGCAGGGAGCUUUGCCCCAGUGAUGUACUGGGCCGUACGCACUACCCUCUGUAGUGCCUUGCGGUCAGAGGCCAAGCAGUUGCCAUACCAGGCGGUGAUGCAACCAGUCAGGAUGCUCUCGAUGGUGCAGCUGUAGAAUUUUUUGAGGAUCUGAGGACCCAUGCCAAAUCUUUUUAGUCUCCUGAGGGGGAAUAGGCUUUGGUGUUAGCAGAUGAGGACAUCAUGGUGUUAGCAGAUGAGCCUGUUGAAGGGCUAUGCGUGCUGUGCUUUAAUGUCAUGUUAGGUGAUUAUGCAAGCCAAUGGAGCCCUGCCUUUGAUGUCUGCCUGAAAACAUGUGAUUCUUAUAUUUCCUGCAAAGUUAUUUAUGACUUGUGGCGUGUGGAUAAAGAACAGUGAAACAACCUGACUCCUUUACCGAGCCCUUUGCGAAAUUUGGACGAUGAGUGGAACUUAAUCCUUCAGGGAGCCUGAGAGCCAUGAGUCAGUCAGCAUGGAAAAUGUGCAAUGUGAUUCGAAAUUCCCCAAAAUCCUUUAAGAGCUUUGAGGAGGUCACGCUACAUGAAGGGACGAAACGGAGAGCAGAUAUGACGCGAUCAUGUCUUGUCAGAAGAAAUCCAACUCUGUUGUGUUAAUGCAGGGCCUUCCUGUGUGUGUGUGUCUCUCCCUCCCUCUCUCUCCGUCUUGCUCAGGUCCAUGUCAAAGUCACCGUUCCCAAAGGCAUCAAGUUUGUGGGCCACCCCGGGAAGCAUCACCUAACCAGGAAGAAGUGUGUUGCUCCAGGAGAGGCCACACCCACAUCCAUAGUGCUGUCCUUCACUGAGCUGGGCGCGGCCAACAUCACAGGUUAUUCAAUCUAGUCAGUUACUGGGAAACCCCUGGGGAAGAGUUCCAAGUUCUCUCAUAGUUCUUACGGUUCCGGAAAUCCUCAGUUUUCUGAUGUUGUAAGCGUAUUGCUAAUAGCUCUUGAAGUUUGGGAUUUGAUUCAUAGGAUAUUGCAGGUUGGUAUGGUACGCUGCCCCUUUGUGAAUGCUGUUGUUACAUGCUGUAGGAGUAACACCUACCUUUUAGCUCUCCUCUCCAUCCAACCCUAAAUCCAUGAGGCCUUUGAAGGCUUAAGGCAUCCACAUUCUUCCCAGCCGAAACAGUUCGGAAGAGUUUGUGCAUAUAUAUAUAUUAAAAAAAAAAUGUACUCACAAUUUCGGGACAUCCAAUUGGUAGUUACAGUCUUGUCCCAUCGCUGCAACUCCCGUACGGACUCGGGAGAGGCGAAGGUCGAGAGCCAUGCGUUCUCCGAAACACGACCCUGCCAAGCCGCACUUCUUCUUGACACACUGCUCACUUAACCCGGUAGCCAGCCGCACCAAUGUGUCGGAGGAAACACCGUACAACUGGCGACCGUGUCAGCGUGAAUGCGCCCGGCCCGCCACAGGAGUCGCUAGAGCGCGAUGGGACAAGGACAUCCCGGCCAGCCAAACCCUCCCCUAACCCGGACAACACGGGGCCAAUUGUGCGUUGCCUCAUGGGUCUCCCGGGAUUGGACCUUGAUCUGUAGUGACGCCUCAAGCACUGCAGUGCCUUAGACCGCUGCGCCACUCGGGUUGCCAUUUCCUGCAUAUAUUAUGACGACAUUGCGAAAUACUGCACCAAACAGCUUAGUUAGAUGUAAAAUUGCACAACUAAUAUCUCCUCUGCAAAAACUUCCAAAUUAAUGACAGAUUUCUGAGUUAUCUUAGAUUAAUUGUGACUAUUUUGAGGAAAUGUAUACUACGGCGUCUCAAAAUGGACAAACAGUACUAUUGCCGCUUUGUUCUCGCGAAGGUCUUUUAAGGGUGUAUGCGAGCAGACUCGUUCGGUUUGCCUAGCCGACGUCGGCUAGCCGCCAGCCGAACUGAAGCAUGCUGACGCCUUUAUGUGAUCUGGUCAUCCAGCGAUACAAAUAGUCCCCUCAAAGGUACAAAGCGGGCCACCAGCGGGGGAGCAGCCGGGGCCUUGCACUGACACUCAGUGGCAUGUUGAUGAGUUUUCAGGUCACUGGUGGUCAAUUGGCCCCCCACGGCUCUCUCUCUGUCCACUGGCCCCUAGUCUUUCCCUCUCAUUACACACACACAAAGAGAACACAUUGGCACACAGCCACGUCUCCAAUGUGCUUCUCUGCAAAGGGAACUACAUGUUCUUUAACAAUCAUGAUUUGUGUUGUUGUGCAAUGUGGGAUUGUGUUGUUGAUAGAUAGAUGUAUGGUGCAGUUAAAGGUGUGCAUUUACAAAACUAUUUCAUUAACAUAACUAUGUUUUCUUCAAAUAGCAUUCUUCACAGUAUAGUCUCUUGGCUGCUUGUUCGAUUUAUUUUAUACAGUAAAUUUGUACUUAAAAUGUAUGCAAUAAAAGUCCUGCUUAGUGGGAACUUACAAGCAACAAAAAAAACAUCCUGAUAUACAGUAUGGUGAGGUGAAGUAUAUCUCUGUUUUUCCUGCCGUAGCACGGGCCAUUGCCUAUAGUGAGCCGGGCUGCUGCUUAGAUGGACUCCAGUCAACUAAAACAGGCAAAAACAUAGAUGACCUGGAGGACCGGAGGACCCCCAUUGGCCUUGACUAUGUCCGAAGGAGUGUCCUGGUGGAGGUAUGAGAAAUGGGGGAGAGACUGCCUGGGGAGAGAGCUGAGAUGGGGAGCAAAUGCUUGCUGUACCAUGUACUGUCAUUAGUAGAGAGUGAUGUCAGCUCUAACAUGUUGUUUCUCCCCCUACAGCCAGAGGGCCUGCCAAGACAGUACACCUACAGUGUCUUCUUCUGCCCCAACGGUCAGUAUACAGUUAUAUAUUGUACUAUAGUACUACACGGGUAUAAGAGCAAGUACAUUUUAAGUGUUACCCAACACCUUUCUGCCUCUACAGUCUGGUUUAUUUUCUGCACUGGGCCACAAUUUAAUGUGAAUCUGACAUUUCUAUUCUCAGAGCGAAUCCACGUCUCCACACCCAACAAGUAUGAGUACCAGUACGUGAAGAAGCCGGCCAAGAUGACUCACUUUGAGGUGGCAGUGAAGACCCACAACGAUGCCCAUUUUGCCUUCUCACCCAGCCCCCACGACAGUGCUGAGAUGCUGGAGAUUGUACUGGGGGGCAGACAGAACACCCGCUCCUGGAUCUCCCUGGGCAAGAUGGGCGAGCCAGUGGUCAGCUCCCCCACCCCGGGCAUCCUCUCCUGGGAUGAGUUCCGCAGCUUCUGGGUCAGCUGGAAGGGUGGCGUGGUGCAGGUGAGAGGAGGGGGAUGAUCAAGCCUAGUUCUCUUUUUGUUAUUGUAGCAUCUAUUCUAUAUAAUGAGUUCUGGGAUUUGUGUCCUCAUAUGAAUCCUAUACAGAUCCACUGUGGCAUCUCCAACAUAGAGCCCCAGUCAGACAGUCAGACAGGCAGACAGACAGUCACUCAGACAGUCAGUCAGUCACUCAGUCAGUCACUCAGUCAGUCAGCAGGUCAGGGCUUGAGGUAGAGUAUAGUAGUGAGUUGGGGUAGUGAGUUAGAGAGGGAGCGUUCGACUGGGCAGGCACAGGGGCUGUGUAGUCAAGAGGACUGGCGCCACUUUUAAUGACAUACCUGUGAGGUCACGCUUAACGGGCUGGACACUCGGUGAUCCGUGUCGUCCGCAUGGCGCUGCCUGGCACACAGGCCUGAACCCUGCAUUAGCCUCGCACCAUUCACCAAAGGGAGCAAUUAAAACCCUGCAGUUUAACCCAGUAUGGCCCAAUAAGAAUCAUUUAUUUUUCUAGUGACUGAUUGCAUUUCGGUUUGAUGAGCCAUUUUCAGCUCUGCAUGGUCUUUGGUUUAAUGUGAUUACAAAAUGGCUAUAAAUACCCAGGGUGCGAUCUGUUCAUUUGGAACUACGGAUUGAGUGGAUGUAGGAAAAAGGUGAUGCAGACUGCUGUUGCUAACUCUUGGCAAUGGAUUUUAUGUGUGCCUAGGAUUUGAAAUGCAAAAGCAACCCAAACUGCUUUUUAAGUAGAAUCUUAUUGGUUUCCAGUAUUUUACUUAUUGACUUUAAGCCACAGGGGCUUCCUCUGUACAGCAUUUGCGAACACUUAUUUCUAUCAUGUUCUCAUUAGAUAGUCAUUUAAUCGGGGUGAAAUUCAGAACCACAUUUAUAUCGUGUCAGGCUUUUAUUGGAAUGUGGCAAAACCCAAGGCACUACACAUCUGUUGUGACAACCAUAUAAUUUGAAUUACAACAUCCUGGCUAUCUCUCUGAGUUUGACCAGCACUCGAGGUAGAAUUGCCCGUAAACACAGAUUUAGAAUCAGAUACCUUACCCCCAAUCCUAAUCAGUAGGUCAAUGAAAGACACCUGACCCUGCAUCAGUGGUUAGGGACAACUUCACCCUUUCACUCCAGUCAAAAACCUCUAAACUCUCAAAUCGAUCUCUGAUAGGUCGGACAUGGCUUGCAGCCGUCCAAUGAGUCGGUGAUCCUGCAGUGGUCCGGCCACCUCCCUGGCCAGGUGCGUCACAUAGGUUUCUCCACGGGCUGGGGCUCGGUGGGGGAGUUUAAGAUCUGGAGGAAGGAGGACUCUGAUGAGAACCACAACGAGGCCUUCACCCUGGGCGUCCCUCACAACGUGGUGCCUGGCUCUGAGACCGCCACCGCCUCCAUGAUAGGUGAGGAGGGAGACAAUUGAUUUAUCAUCCAUUUCUCUUCGUUCUCAAAGCCCUAUAAUUUCCAUUAUCUGAAGGUCUGCUUCUCUUCCUCCUAUUCACUUUGACAUACCUUGUCCAUGUGGUUAAUUAGUUGGCAUGAAUAAUUUCUCUCUGAAUGACGUUUGAUGAAACAGAAGAAGAGAUGUUAUCUCAAUAAAACUAACUUUAUGUGAGGCAGUGUUGCUGAACAAUUUCUGUUUUGUGAUGUGUCAGGGGACGUGAUGGGCCCCACCCUCAACAACCUGGACAAGCUGCUGCGGCUGCCCUUCGGCUGUGGGGAGCAGAACAUGAUCCACUUCGCCCCCAAUGUCUUUGUCCUCAAGUACCUGCAGAAGACCAGACAGCUCAGCCCUGAGGUGGAGGCCGAGGCCACAGACUACCUGCUGCAAGGUAACCACCGGAGAGAUCAAGUAGUUCAUGGACUGUGAGACCUAGGGCCAAAUCCUACCUUCAGAACCUUGAGAUAUUCCCUUUGCGUGAUGUCAGUUACCCCUGUGAAGAUCAUCUUAUAAAGUCAAUGCAUUUACCAUCCACUUAGUUCUAAAACAGUGUUUCGCUGAUAUUCACCUGGGCCCAGAUUCACAAAACCUUCAUAAGAAGACAUUUCUUCUUAACUGUCAUUUUUUAAUUAACAAUAGACAUGAGAGAAAGUUAAGCAAAGUUGCUCUUCCUCAAAAAGGUUAUUGGAAAAUGUCUUGCGCUAUUUCUUAUGUUUCUCCUUAAGCAAAAAGUUAAGAAGAAAUUAGAUUCUUGAAAGUAAAGUUAUUGGAAAUCUUAAUUCCAAUAUAGUUAAACACUUGUCUUAAACUCAGGGCAGGGAGAGAAAAAGCUCAUGAAAGCAAUUGAACAUGUUUAAUUCACUCACAAACUAAAUCUGAAAGUUUUAGUAUUGAUUAUUUUAAACCCAAGAACAUAUUUUAGAAGAGUAAUCUCAGUAAGAAAUAUGCUAACAUGAUUGCCAUUGCUAGCUAGAUAGCUAGCUAAAACGGUUGCCUAGCAACAAAUAUCUUAAGAAGAUUUGUAAGAAGAUAUUUGAGAAGUUCGUAAGAAAAUCAUAAAAUCUUAAGCUAUUGUUGAGGAAUUGCACUUACGAACUACCUUAUGAACUUCUUUUUUUUUCUUUUCUUAAGGAUCUUACGUUUUUGUGUAAGAAGUGUUUUGUGAAUCUGGGCACUGGUUUGGAUAUCAGUAUUAAUGCAAAAGUACUUUAGCAUCAACCCACUGAUUCUUUCUCCCCUGCACCAUCCCAGGGUACCAGAGACAGCUGACCUAUAAGCGCCAGGAUGGAUCCUACAGUGCCUUUGGAGAGAGGGACUCCUCUGGGAGCAUGUGGUAAGUCAUCUACUCUUCACUUAGGUUUACAUCCCUCAGUAAGUCAUCACUUAGGUUUACAUCCCUCAGUUAGUCAUCACUUAGGUUUACAUCCUUCAGUUAGUCAUCAUUUAGCUUUACAUCCCUCAGUUAGUCAUCACUUAGGUUUACAUCCCUCAGUUAGUCAUCACUUAGGUUUACAUCCUUCAGUAAGUCCUCUAGUCUUCCCUUAGGUUUACACCCCUCAGUUAGUCAUCACUUAGGUUUACACCCUCAGUUAGUCAUCACUUAGGUUUACAUCCCUCAGUUAGUCAUCACUUAGGUUUACAUCCUUCAGUUAGUCAUCACUUAGGUUUACACCCCUCAGUUAGUCAUCACUUAGGUUUACACCCCUCAGUUAGUCAUCACUUAGGUUUACACCCCUCAGUUAGUCAUCACUUAGGUUUACAUCCCUCAGUUAGUCAUCACUUAGGUUUACACCCCUCAGUAAGUCCUCUACUCUUCCCUUAGGUUUACAUCCUGCACGUCAGUUCACUCCGGAAGGUACAUAGAUUAAAACUGCAUACCGCUCGUCCACUUACCCUGACCUGAAGUGGGUUAUUGGCAGAAACAAUGGGAGCUCUUAUCAGUAACAUUGUAUAUGCAUGGUCAUACCCUCAUAUUCCUUUGUUUAAAUCGGUCCGAGUUGUGCUCGCUGAGUGUUUAUUUAAUGUUUACACAUCCCUGGAGGCAGGCAGGCGGCCACGACCAUGUCAUAAUAUUUGGAAUAGUGAAUACGGCGCGUAUGAGAGGCUCCAAUGUUCUGCUUGCAUAUUCAGGCCACUUGCAUACCUUCAGGGUGAUUUAUUAGUUGAUGUGGGUAUUAUGAUAUUUAAUAGAGCUCAGACUGUGAAACAGUAGGUUAAAUAAACCCAGGAGAAUCAUACACAAACGUAUAAUUGGUUCCCAAGGCAGCCGUGGGGCUCCAGUAAGUUAUUUGCUGUUAAAGAGGGUUAAUGCACGCGGAACAGAAUGGCCCCUGGUUGUUUUGGCCCAGGGGCGAAGCAGCACCUCUGUAUGUAGGCUACACUGACUACACCCCCCCAUCCUCCUCCUCACAGCCUACUACCACUGGAGACACAGGAGCUUGCUAGGCUCUAGGCCACUUAAUGAAAAAAGCAUUUUGCCUCUCAACAUGCCCUAGAAACUGGAACUGGGGCAUGUCUUGUCCAAAGCAAUUGAAUCACUGCUCUGGUGUAAUUGGUAAUAUCAUUCAACUUUUCCAUGAAAACCCUUGAAACCUCCAUAUGCAGGAAGAGGAUAUUAAGAAGAUAUGAAGUGUAACGGUCAUAAUAGUAUAAGCGUUGGUUUUGGAGCCUCGGGCAACAUGGCAGGACACAGAUGUUGAACCUCAUGUAAACCUGUAGCAACAAACUCUUUAUUAAUCCAUCAACUUGGUGUUUAUAUGUCAGAACAACCCACCUUUUGUUUGGGCUCCAGAGUUAGUCAUUAGUACAGGUCAUUUAUGGGCAAGUAAACAGCGUUCUUAAUGCAGUGUUAAUGUAUUCCAGUUGUAAAAUGGUAUCUAAGCGGAAAUUGUAGGGCAUAAUGAAAAGAUUGUACGUAAUGACACAGGCAGUAAUGUCUUAUUAGGCUAAUGCUGGGUCUGGGUGAUGCCAAGGCCCUUAGCCCUACUCUACUCUACUUUUCUCUACUCUACUCUACUCUACUCUACUUUUCUCUACUCUACUCUACUUUUCUCUACUCUACUCUACUUUUCUCUACACUACUCUGUUCUACUCUGGUCUGGUCUCUGUCCCUGUGGGUUGAACAGUCCCUGUGGGUUGAACAGUCCCUGUGGGUUGAACAGGACCUUGGGACACAGAGCUGAGGAUGAGGAGGGGCUGGUUCUCAUCACUAACUCCUGCUUGCCUCUCAGGCUGGUGUGUGUGUGUUUAGGGUGGUGGUGUUGGGAUAUAUCAACAUGUCUUUGCGGGAUUGGAGGUGGGUGUAUUGUGGUGAGGCCUGGAGCGGAACUGACAGCCCCUCUUCUGGCAUCGCUUGCAUACCUGCCUCCGUCUGGAUCCAAUGAGAGCCACAUGCUGCUGUAAUCUGCAGAACCCCCACCACCACCACCCUCCACCCCCUCAAUCCCUGUAGCCUACUUAAUACCCUGGCCUGGGGUAAAUAUGCAGCCUGAUGGAGGGCUCCACAGCUCCACACUGUGGGUCUGUUAUUGGGAGUCACUCUAGACAUCCGCAUUGCCUCCCAAAAUUCUCAAAUGCUCCUAGAGUCUGGUUUUCGAGACUGUGUUAGUGGUUCCUGAUUAGAUACACACGGGACGUGUUGAGGCUGGCAAGGCAUUUCCCUGUGAAUGAGAUUGAUCUGGCAGUGGGGCUAGAGUGGAUUGGAUAGCAGAGAUAGAGAGAACUGAUCUACUGUGUUUUUAAACUAUCUAUUUCCACUCCAAUGCCAAAUAGGCAUGGUGAGAAACUAGGGUGAUUAUAGCAGGAAUUUUGUGUUUUUAUCAAGCCAGAUCUUAGAUAACUGGGUGCUGGAUUGGUAGAUGUUUACAUAUUGAAAUGGAGAAUGGUUGUUAUUGCUCUGUGCUUGGAUAUGGUAACCCUUUCUCUCCUCUCUCACACACACUGCCAUGGAAGCCCUGGUGCGUGUGUAUCCAUAUGGUUUUACCACAAACAGAGCACUCUAUCAUUCAUUCAAACUAAAACUGACUGCAGUAACAACUGUGCGAGAACCAGGGCCAUCUGCUGCCUUUUAAGACUUUGAGGAACUAUAAUUUUGACUUUGAGGAACUAUAAUUUUGACUAUCUUUACUUUGAAGAUUCAAAUUCGUCUAUUUGGACUCCAUAUGACCCAUUAUUUACAACUACUACUCAAACAAUAAAUCUGUUUAUAAAACCUGCAUCAAAAUAACCAGUAGCCAGGGAAUUUAUCAUGUUGUGGCGUUGUUAACAUGGGACGUAUUUGUCAGUAAGCCUCGGUCGUUCCUGUAGGCAAUUAUAAAAACCUUGGUUUCAACUUACAACGACGUUCCAGGAUGCAGCUCCAAUGUGCUGUUCUGAAUGACCUCUGUGUGCUAUCCAGAAAAACAUGUAAACAACCUCCCCAAACUGCAAUACAAGGGGAGUGGAAGCCCGGAGGGAGGGACUUCAGCAGGCCAGAGUGGAGGAAGCAGCCCUGUCUCGGUCAUUUCCUCGCACACUAAAUCAUCUAUACGCUACCCAGCACCUCUCUCCGGUGCCUGGCAGUUAAAGCCGGUGACACAAUAUUACUUAACAUUAUAAAAAUUCCUGCCGGCUUAAGGCUCCAUCCCUGCUCCCUCUCUGGGGAGACAUAACUUUCAGGGCCCAGCAAGGGAAGAUUUAGUACCGUGGUUUAUGGGAGAGAGUUAUUUCUUACUCUCUUGGUUUGUUCCUUCAGUUACGGCCCAAAUGUAUGUUUGGGGGAAAACACACAUGGUUUAUUUAUUUAUUACACCUUUUUAUGGUAAGCAGCGUGCCUCAUCAUCAUCACUUUGUUGCUGUGGGGAGGAUGCUGUAAUGGAAUGCCAGUCUGUAAUUAAAGAGCAUUGGCCGGAGUGUGAAGGUUUCACUGAAGGGCAGUUGUUUAUGCAUGAACGUGUGUUUAUUAGCUUAGCCAGGUCCCUCAGUCAUCACCAUUGGCAUCUCUGUGGGUCUUGAGUUCUUCUCUGUGAUUCCCGCUGUGAUUCCAGUUCAGAAACUACAGGUCACACACUGUUGCUGCAGAUUAGGAAUGCCAACCCUGGGGAUGGCUGUUUGUAUAUGUUCAGAAUGCUUACGGGAUAUUCCGGCAUGCAGAAACAUACUUGAUUUUUCUUUGUGAAAUUCCUUGUUCUUGAGACAGAACAGCUGCUGGAUCCUGUGGUGGCAAUCUGUGCUUUCCCACUCCUCCUCCAUCUUCCCCUCUUUCAUCUUCAUCUGCUCUCCCUCGCUUCGUACCCCUCCCUCCACCCCCCUCUCUGUCAGUCUGUCUGUUUUUGCCUGACAGAAUUUUGAUGUAGUUUGAUCUUCUCAGCAUGACGUGCUGUGUAGUUUGAUUUUCUCAGCAUGACAUGCUGUGUAGUUUGGUAUUCUCAGCAUGAUGUGCCGUGUAGUUUGGUCUUCUCAGCAUGACGUGCUGUGUAGUUUGGUCUUCUCAGCAUGACGUGCUGUGUAGUUUGGUCUUCUCAGCAUGACGUGCUGUGUAGUUUGAUUUUCAUAGCAUAACGUGCUGUGUAGUUUGAUCUUCAUAGCAUGACGUGCUGUGUAGUUUGAUCUUCUCAGCAUGACGUGCUGUGUAGUUUGAUCUUCUCAGCAUGACGUGCUGUGUAGUUUGGUCUUCUCAGCAUGACGUGCUGUGUAGUUUGAUCUUCUCAGCAUGACGUGCUGUGUAGUUUGAUCUUCAUAGCAUGACGUGCUGUGUAGUUUGAUCUUCUCAGCAUGACGUGCUGUGUAGUUUGAUCUUCUCAGCAUGACGUGCUGUAUAGUUUGGUCUUCUCAGCAUGACGUGCUGUGUAGUUUGGCAUGUAUCAGCUGCCAUCUCACUCAUCCUUGUUGCUGUUGAGAGAUAUAAAAGGUGUGACUGGUUUGGGAAUAUUUCACCCCAUUCAAAUGGUUUAUGUGAAGUUUGCUAAGUAUUUUUGAAUGAUAUGUCAGCACAUGCUUGAAAGAGUCCCAAUCCCUCUCUCUCGCUGUCUCUUCCCUCUUUCUCUCUCCUCUCCAGGCUGACAGCAUUUGUGUUGAAAUCCUUUGCUCAGUCUCGUGGGUUCAUCUUCAUUGACCCAGAGGAGCUGCAUGCUGCCAAGGCCUGGCUCAUCAACCACCAGAGAGAGGAGGGCUCCUUCCCCGCCAUGGGACGCAUCCUCAACAAAGACCUGCAGGUGUGUGUGUGUGUGUACUGUGUGUGUGUGCGUGUUUUCAUAAGCACCAUUAACCAGUGUUAUUCUCCAUCUAAAGGGAGGAAUCCAUGGAAAGAUCUCGUUGACGGCGUAUGUGGUUGCAGCCCUCCUGGAGACAGGAAUAGCUUCGGAGGUAAGAGGAUCAGUGGGGGGACCAUGACCUCUCCGAUUAAACACCCUCACCUCCCGAACAGUAUUAUUUAGCACAGUAUUCCUCAAGGGGCGAAUCUUAACCUGACAUUUAUAUGUUAGUGUAAAUUUGACAUUUAAUGAAACUUUCAGGCUCAGACCUAAUACCAGACUACAAAUACAGCUCUCUCUCUCAUCCAGAUAUAGGUUGUGUGUGUGUGUGUGUGUGUGUGUGUGUGUGUGUGUGUGUGUGUGUGCGCGUGCAUGUGACUGUGUUUGCCAGUACAUUCCCAUCAGUUGGAAAUAUGGAUGUCCUGGCACAGAGCCCAAUCAUAUUUGUUAUGCUCCAGUGGCGGUAAUUUAAUAUCUAAUCCCUGGCUGACUGCAUCAAGAGAUUUAUGAGGAGGACAUGCAGAGACAAGGAUGCCUGUGAAAGGUAGUACACCCAGGCCACAUUCCUGUCACCUCGCCAUGCUCUUACCCUGGUGCUGAACCCUGGACGACGUGCUCACCGUCCUGUUGAACUCUCUGCAGUGUGCAUUGAAGCAACACAUAGGACACACUGGCAGUUGAACAUUUGAUCAACGUCAUGGUCGCUCUAGUAAAAAGAGAUCUUUGGCUAUUGAAAGGUAGCAGUGUCCUUAUUUUAGGGCCAAGUGUGGUAUGCCCUUUAUCUGUCGUUGUUGCAAAAGAAUGUUGCUGUUUAUGUGUACAGUGACUGAGUCCAUGUAAUGUUUAUGCUUUGUCCUUCAUUGAGUGUGUUGCCAAUACCAAUGUUAAAAUCCAGAUUGUUAUUGUGUCAGCUCUCUGUUCAUUCAGGCACAGCUCUUCGCAAAGUAUUCACAAAGUAUUUUUUCACUCUAGUUCCCUUCCAUCCAUUUCCCUCCCCCUUCACCAAACCCACCUCUUCUCUUCCAGUCUUCCUAUCCUUCCCUAUCUAUCCUGAAGGGCUCUCCAGAGAACCAGGCCUCUAAAACUGAUACUAACUGAAAAGGGAUACUUGACAUCAAAGCAAAACUCCUUCUUCCUUCCAAAUUCAGUUAAUUAAAAGGUGACUGGACAGAUUAAAGUGAGUGGCUGUUGAGGUCUCUCAUCUGAGCACAUCUGGAAAAGCUCCUGCCUUUAAUGGCAAAGUCUAUGUUUAUUAGCCUUUUGAUAAGCAGCACAUCUGAGUUGGGGAGUAUGAGUUGGAACAGGACUGAUCUUGAACACUCAGCAAAGAUCAAAUAUGCCGGACUUAAGUUAAAGAUGAAUACGGAGGGAUGGAGGGAGGGAGUUGUGGAGAGAGGUGUAUCCAUUACUCAUACGAAGGUUUGGUCUGUGUGCACACAUAUGUGUGACAUGUGUUAGCGCACCUGUGUGCUUGUUUAUGUCUAUUUCUAUAAAUAUGUGUACUCUUCCCCAGGAGGAGAAGACAGCUGUGGCCAAGGCAAAGGGUUUCCUGGAGAGUAACACAUACUCAGCUGAUGACCCGUACACCACAGCCCUGUCUGCCUACGCCCUGGCCCUGUUACGAAGCCCCUACGCCACCCUCGCCCUCCGACGCCUCAACCACAUGGCCAUCACACAAGGUACUCAGCUGUUAGGAAGUUUGGUUGCCUACCAAUUCAUAUACAGUGAGGGAAAAAAGUAUUUGAUCCCCUGCUGAUUUUGUAUGUUUGCCCACUGACAAAGACAUGAUCAGUCUACAAUUGUAAUGGUUGGUUUAUUUGAACAGUGAGAGACAGAAUAACAACAACAAAAUCCAGAAAAACGCAUGUCAAAAAUGUUAUAAAUUGAUUUGCAUUUUAAUGAGGGAAAUAAGUAUUUGACCCCUCUGCAAAACAUGACUUAGUACUUGGUGGCAAAACCCUUGUUGGCAAUCACAGAGGUCAGACGUUUCUUGUAGUUGGCCACCAGGUUUGCACACAUCUCAGGAGGGAUUUUGUUCCACUCCUCUUUGCAGAUCUUCUCCAAGUCAUUAAGGUUUCGAGGCUGACGUUUGGCAACUCGAACCUUCAGCUCCCUCCACAGAUUUUCUACGGCAUUAAGGUCUGGAGACUGGCUAGGCCACUCCAGGGCCUUAAUGUGCUUCUUCUUGAGCCACUCCUUUGUUGCCUUGGCCGUGUGUUUUGGGUCAUUGUCACGCUGGAAUACCCAUCCACGACCCAUUUUCAAUGCCCUGGCUGAGGGAAGGAGGUUCUCACCCAAGAUUUGACGGUACAUGGCCCCGUCCAUCGUCCCUUUGAUGCGGUGAAGUUGUCCUGUCCCCUUAGCAGAAAAACACCCCCAAAGCAUAAUGUUUCCACCUCCAUGUUUGACGGUGGGGAUGGUGUUCUUGGGGUCAUAGGCAGCAUUCCUCCUCCUCCAAACACGGCGAGUUGAGUUGAUGCCAAAGAGCUUGAUUUUGGUCUCAUCUGACCACAACCCUUUCACCCAGUUCUCCUCUGAAUCAUUCAGAUGUUCAUUGGCAAACUUCAGACGGGCCUGUAUAUGUGCUUUCUUGAGCAGGGGGACCUUGUGGGCGCUGCAGGAUUUCAGUCCUUCACGGCGUAGUGUGUUUCCAAUUGUUUUCUUGGUGACUAUGGUCCCAGCUGCCUUGAGAUCAUUGACAAGAUCCUCCCGUGUAGUUCUGGGUUGAUUCCUCACCGUUCUCAUGAUCAUUGCAACUCCACGAGGUGAGAUCUUGCAUGGAGCCCCAGGCCGAGGGAGAUUGACAGGUAUUUUGUGUUUCUUCCAUUUGCGAAUAAUCGCACCAACUGUUGUCACCUUCUCACCAAGCUGCUUGGCGAUGGUCUUGUAGCCCAUUCCAGCCUUGUGUAGGUCUACAAUCUUGUCCCUGACAUCCUUGGAGAGCUCUUUGGUCUUGGCCAUGGUGGAGAGUUUGGAAUCUGAUUGAUUGACUGCUUCUGUGGACAGGUGUCUUUUAUACAGGUAACAAACUGAGAUUAGGAGCACUCCCUUUAAGAGUGUGCUCCUAAUCUCAGCUCGUUACCUGUAUAAAAGACACCUGGGAGCCAGAAAUCUUUCUGAUUGAGAGGAGGUCAAAUACUUAUUUCCCUCAUUAAAAUGCAAAUCAAUUUAUAACAUUUUUUACAUGGAUUUUUUUGUUGUUAUUCUGUCUCUCACUGUUCAAAUAAACCUACCAUUAAAAUUAUAGAUUGAUCAUUUCUUUGUCAGUGGGCAAACGUACAAAAUCAAAUACUUUUUUCUCUCACUGUAAAACACUAAACUGACAUGACAGACCCAUUGUUCUUCCACAUACUGUUUCUUACACUUUCGUCUCUCUCCAUUUCCUUCUUUGUCUUUCUUCUCUCUUUCAAUCAGACGGCUUCACCCACUGGAGUCUGACAGGCAGCACGGUGACAGAUGAGGACACCUUCAUGGGCUUUAGUGACGGUCUUUCUCAGUCAGGUAUACACACACUGUCUGGCCACAGCUAGACUAUCCUCUAUGACUGAUGAUUCUGAUGUUCUUAGAUCUUGACUUUUAGUAUUAGUUAGGCUGUCUGGUGUUUGUAUGCUAAUAGUCUCCUCCAUGUCCCAGUGGUGUCAGCGGAGGUGGAGAUGACAGCAUAUGGACUGCUGACCUACGCCCUGCUGGGUGACGUGGCCUCCGCCCUGCCUGUGGUCAAGUGGCUCUCCCAGCAGAGGAACGCCCUCGGGGGCUUCUCCUCCACACAGGUACCCCUCACAAACACUGGAGAACCAGAGCCUCUCAGCCUCUUAGUCAAAAGCAUUCUCCCAGAUUAAUCUCUCCCAUAUGUAUUAUUGUGUUUUUUAAGCGGCCAAAUGGUUUUAUUUUACCUUUAAUUUACCAGGUUUUACCAGGUUAGCCUGAUAAUCUCUUUUAGAAGAGAGAACUGUCUCACAAAGGUAUAUUUGAAACAAAUGGUAAUUGGUCAUCUGGUCAGUCAGUGUCCAAAGCCGCCUCCUAAUAACUGUCUGUCCAUCCACUCUCCUAGGACACGUGUGUGGCCCUUCAGGCGUUGUCUGAGUAUGCCAUCCUGUCAUACGUGGGAGGAGUCAACCUGACCAUCUCUCUGGCCUCUACAAACCUGGACUUCCAGGAGAGCUUUGAACUGCACCGCGACAACCAAAAGAUCCUACAGAGCGCCUUGGUAAGGAGUAUGGUCACAUUGCCACUAGACUCUAAUGUAAGGUCAGUUAUGUUUUUUCCCAUAAUGGUUAAGGUUAGGAUUGGAGGAAGGUAAUCUGAUCCUAGAUCUGUGCCUAAGGGCAUCUUCUUUCUGAGGUAAACGCUCUUGCUCAGGUGGUGAAGGGACCUCUACUGGACCAUGAUACACAUAGAAACUAAAGUUACACAAUUGUCAGUUUUCAAUUAUGAAAGGUACCUUAAAUAACAUCCACAAAGUCAAUUCAGUUGAGGAUAACAAUGAGACUCUAUCUAAGAGCAGUGGAAUGUGUUUCCCAGUGAAGGAACCAGUGAGUGUUUUCAGGCUAUGCGUCUACAUUUCCUUCUCCUUCCCAAGCACCUGCCUAUCAGUCACAGUGAGGGAAUGGCUCAGGUGAGGGCAUUAACUUUUCUUCCCUCUGCCGGGCAUGUAAUUCUCUGCCGUAAUUAGCUCUGUCAGUUUAAUUGGGGGUAAUUUAGCUGUGCUGGUUAGUGGCCAUGCUAUUUGACUGCUGCUGCUUGGGUCUACAGCAUUAAUUCACUUGAUAAGUGUCUCUCUCACCCCCCCCCCCAUCUUUUUCUCUCUUUCUCUCUCUCUCAACCCCAUUUUUUUUCUCUCCUCUCGCUCUCUUUCUCUCUAGAUCCCCAGUAUUCCCACAGGGCUGUUUGUCAGUGCUAAAGGCGAGGGCUGCUGUCUAAUGCAGGUAUGUUACUACUGAUCUCCUCUUCUACCAUUAUAUCCUUCACUCACACUGAGAAUUCACCAGAGGGGAAAAGCCAGUCCAUUCCCAUGACUCAUUGCUCUAAUGCCCAAAUUCCUGACUGUAAAUUGGAAUGAUCUGGUAGAACUUAGGCAGUUGUUCGGCAGGGACUGUUCGUUCCUCAAUAACACUGAUGCCUUGGAUAGGAUGCUGUUUUCGCUGUACCUUGUCACUAAAAACAAAAGGCUCUUUGAGGCCAGGGUGCAUAAACAACUUCUUGGGGGGGGGGUUCCCCAUGCAGCUUCCUGCUCUAGAUAGAACACAGCGUUCCUCCUCUCCUCUCCUCUCCUCUCCUCUCCUCUCCUCUCCUCUCCUCCUCUCCUCUCCUCUCCUCUCCUCUCCUCUCCUCUCCUCUCCUCUCCUCUCCUCUCCUCUCCUCUCCUCUCCUCUCCUCUCCUCUCCUCUCCUCUCCUCUCCUCUGCUGCAUGUUUAGAAGAGCCUGUCAACCUUAUCCAGCUUCACAUGACAGGUGAUCAUUACACUGGUCUCAAAUGGGCUCUGUGAUCCUUCAGAUAACACUAACAGUUAUUGGAUCCUUUGAAAAAGGACAUAAAGCUUAUGUGUAUUACUACUGUUUUAAUGCUGCAGUUAUAUAUAUAUAUAUAUAUAUAUAUAUAUAUAUCAAUCAGUCAAAUAUAUUUUAUAAAGCCAUUUUUACAUCAGCAGUUGUCACCAAAUGCUAUAGAAACCCAGCCUAAAACCCCAAAGACCAAGCAAUGCAGAUGGCUAAGAAAAACUCCCUAGAAAGGCAGGAACUUAAGAAGAAACCUAGAGAGGAACCAGGUUCCGAGGGGUGGCCAGUACUCUUCUGGUGUGUCAGGUGGAGAUUAUAAGAGUACAUGGCCAUUAAGGCAUUCCACAGAGAUGCUGGCCCAUGUUGACUCCAAUGCUUCCCACAGUUAUGUCACGUUAACUGGAUGUCCUUUGGGUGGUGGACCAUUCUUGAUACACACGGGAAACUGUUGAGCGUGAAAAACCCAGCAGUGUUGCAGUUCUUGAUACACUCAAACCGGUGUGCCUGGCACCUACUACCAUACCCUGUUCAAAGGCACAUCAAUAUUUUGUCUUGCCCAUUCACCCUCUGAAUGGCACACACACACAAUCCAUGUCUCAAUUGUCUCAAGGCUUAAAAAUCCUCCCCUUCAUCUACACUGAUUGAAGUGGAUUUAACAGGUGACAUCAAUAAGGGAUCAUAGCAUUCACAUGGAUUCAACUGGUCAGUGUAUGUAAUGUUUUGUACACUCAGUGUAUAUAGGAGCCAUGGCUGGAGAAGGCAACUAUUGCUGACUAUCUCUGCCCCCCUCCACUCCUCCAUACCUCCCUCCAUCUAUACACACAUCUCUUUUCCUCCUUUCACACCUCUAUCCCUCCAUCCACACCUCUCCCUCCCUCAGCACAUCCCUCUCUCCCUCUCUCCAGUCUGACAGUGCCUGAGGCCUGGAGCACCUGGGCUGUAAUGAGACGACAACAUCAGCAUGAUGAAAGCGAGAGAGCCUGUGUGUGUGUGUGUGUGUGUGUGUGUGUGUGUGUGCUAGCUUCCACAUUCAAUGGGUUUUCUCUGCAACACAGGUUUGCUCUGCACCUCUGCACCUCUGCACUUUCUAUUACACCCACAAUCUGGAAUACAUUCUGUCUCUCUAAGCCACGCUGCUUGUUCUCUCCUCAGAUUGAUGUGUCCUACAACGUGCCUGACCCCUUGGCCAAGCCAGCCUUCCAGCUCAAGGUGGACCUGAAGGAACCCAGGCAGGAGCGCCACCCGCCAGCACCACCCUCCCCCCGCCACCCUAGCCCUCGCUCCCGUUCCCGUGCCGACAACCGCUCAGAGCUGAGCCGCAAACGCCGGGCGGCCACCGAUGAUGAAGACCCCGCAGCUCACCAAGACAACCUGGACUACCGCAUCACCCUGGAAGCUUGUGCCAGGUACUGCAGAGACAGUCGGCUCAGUGCAGCAGCCUUUAGCCUAGCUAGCAUUUAGCCUGGUAGUUUGCCUAGUUCUGCUAGCAUUUAGCUUAGCAUCUAACUCUGUUUCUCUCUCUUCAGGUGGCUCCACUCAGGUUCUUCCAACAUGGCUGUCUUGGAGGUCCCUCUGCUGUCAGGUUUCUGUGCCGAUGUGGAAAGCUUGGAGACGGUAGGACAUAAACAUACACACACACAUUACAAUGUCAGACAGACAGACAGACACGGCUCACAUCUGAAGGCCAUUUCAGAGGAGGCGGUGUGGCGUGGAAUUUAUCAGGUGAAGUAGGCACGAAUGUCCUUUCUUUUUCGGCUUCCUAAUUCUCACUUGAAACCGUUUUUGUGUUUAAUAGGCUAAAUUAAAUAUUUCAGAUUUAAAUAUGAUUAUUUAUCACGAAGUAGUUUGGAUGUGGUGAAGUACUAUAUUUUUCUUAAGGGUAGUUUUAGUGUAGCUUAACUUCUUCCAGUGUAAAGUAAUUGGUAGCUUAGUAAACUACUGUAUAUUUAGCUGCCCCUCCCCCCCACACACACUCAAUUUUUUAAAACUCUAUUACAUGCCAUGACAUUGUUUCUCCUCUGUUGCUGUUUAUGCUGCUCAUGUUCUUCCCCACUGCGUCUCAGAAAGGUGUUUGUGGAGAUUUGCUUAUCAAUGGAUGAAGACGUUGAGUGGCUGAGACAUGUGGCUCUGCUAUUGCCCACAUAAAGAAUUAUACAGUUUACUAUAGAAUACUAUAGUCCUUACAAUAUAAUUCUGUAGUAAACAGUAGUAUACUGUAGAAUACUAUACUACAUACGGUAGUAUCCCUCAACCAUGUGUAGUACUUAGUAUGUAAUUUUGAAGUAUACUGUUGAAUACUUUAGUAAAUACUAUGGUAUUAUUGACAAAAAAAACACUGUAGUAAAUACUGCAAAAAUGUCUGCAAAAAAACAACAACCUGCAAAAAAAAAAAUUAUAUAUAUAUAUAUAUAUAGUAAAUACUACAGUAUUUAUUUGUAUAUACCCUGCCCAUUCCCCUCCCCCAUAUCCCAAUUUGUGUCACCUGUAAGUGAGAAACCUACAUGCCAAGUAUAGACCAUAUAUUGUGUUCCCUAUGGUUAUAGAAAAGAGCAAAAGCUCUCCAUUCAGACCCCAGUCCUACCUACCUACAGGUUAUGGAACAUUUGCUCUUUUAGUAUUUCUCCAGUAGGUUUCAUCAAGGAGAAAGCCCUCCACUUCUAUGUCAAAGGAUAAUAAGGACAAAAACACUUUAGUAAAUACUACAGUAAUGUCCCCAAAAACACUACAGUAAAUACAGGUGGCGAAUCGCAUCUCUGCAUGUCUGACAGACAUAUCAGUGUGGAUGACGGAUCACCACCUCAAGCUGAACCUCGGCAAGACGGAGCUGCUCUUCCUCCCGGGGAAGGACUGCCCGCUCCAUGAUCUCGCCAUCACGGUUGACAACUCUGUUGUGUCCUCCUCCCAGAGUACAAAGAACCUUGGCGUGACCCUGGACAACACCCUGUCGUUCUCGGCAAACAUCAAAGCGUUGACCCGAUCCUGUAGGUUCAUGCUCUACAACAUUUGCAGAGUACGACCCUACCUUACACAGGAAGUGGCACAGGUCCUAAUCCAGGCACUUGUCAUCUCCUGUCUGGAUUACUGCAACUCGCUGUUGGCUGGGCUCCCUGCCUGUGCCAUUAAACCCCUACAACUCAUCCAGAACGCUGCAGCCCGUCUGGUGUUCAACCUUCCCAAGUUCUCUCACGUCACCCCGCUCCUCCGCACACUCCACUGGCUUCCAGUUGAAGCCCGCAUCUGCUACAAGACCAUGGUGCUUGCCUACGGAGCUGUGAGGGGAACGGCACCUCCGUACCGUCAGGCUCUGAUCAGUCCCUACACCCAAACGAGGGCAUUGCGUUCAUCCACCUCUGGCCUGCUGGCCCCCCUACCUCUACGGAAGCACAGUUCCCGCUUAGCCCAGUCAAAACUGUUCGCUGCUCUGGCACCCCAAUGGUGGAACAAGCUACCUCACGACGCCAGGACAGCGGAGUCACUCACCACCUUCCGGAGACACUUGAAACCCCACCUCUUUAAGGAAUACCUGGGAUAGGAUAAAAGUAAUCCUUCUACUCUCCCCCUACCCAAGCCCCCCCCCCCCAAAAAAAAUAAUAAUAAGGUGAAUGCACCAAUUUGUAAGUCGCUCUGCUAAAUGACGAAAAUGUAAUGUAAAUGUACUACAGUAUACUACAGUCUGCAAAAACACUACAGUAAUGACUAUAGUAUAUACUACAAUUUUUUUGCUACAGUAUUUAUACUAUAAUGAACUGUAAAUGCUACAGUAUACUGCAGUAAAUACUACAAUAUACUACAGUAAAAUCUGUAAAAACACUACAGUUGAAUACUAUAGUAUUCCUACCAUACUUUUGUAUUUUUUCAUUUAGAUGUGCUGGAACUCUUGGCAGACAUAGCCAAAACUGGGUUGACUGGAUCUAUGUGUGUGUGUUUAUGCAGCAGUUGAGAGAGUAUUGAGAGAGUAUUUUUACUGCAGUGUUUAAGGACUGUAGCGUUGUCUGGAUGAGGGCCAACUCUGGCCCAGUGUUGGUUACUGUGUCUCUGGGGCUCCAUUGGGAGCCAGGACAGGGGGCACCAACCCUCUGUGGGCCUAAAGCCCAGCCGCCAGGGCAGGGGAGGGCUGGGGCUGGGGGUUGCCACUGUUUAUCCCAACUACCCCCCUCUGAGAGCCAGGGGAGAGAGACCCAGGGACCCAUGGCAGCCAUCUUAGGGAGGGGGUGAGAGGUUAGUUGAGGUCACCUCCCCAGGCCCUCAUCAAAUGCUUAUCUCCCCCAUUACUGCAGAGUUAUAGGCCCCAGACUCCAGCUAUCCACCUACCUGGGGGGAGAUAACACACACGCGCACACACAAUCACACACACACUAGCUCCCUGAGACUUGAGGGAGUCGGUGCUGACCUGUGUAGUGUAGUGGCUAACAAUCUAGGUUUACAGAGCCACCCCUGCUAGCCUCCCUGCCUUACGACUGCCUGACUGCCUUGACCAGCCGCAUUUCUCACUUUACGAGACGGAGCCUCGCUUACGCAGUCAUGUGUUGUUGUUUUCAUAGAUGUUAAUUGGAAUGAUUACACAACACACUUUGGCUUAUGCCUCUGUAGCUGUUUUUAUCAAUAUAAUGAGCUGAGCUGAAUGGAAUAAAAUGCCUCACAUUAACUAUGCUACCUAUCUUAUGUUACUGUAAGUGCUAGGAGAAGUUGAAUGGAAUACAUUUCAAGUUGUUACUGUAAUUAUAGUUAUUGUCAAGGGAAAAAACAACACAGCCAACACACAGCCUACUCACACACACACACACUUUAUCACUCUCUACCAAACUGUGUGUGUGUGUGUGUGUGUGUGUGUGUGUGUGUGUGUCCCAGUGGCGCCAGCUCAGGCUGAGCACCUCAUAAACUGAAUCUGUCCGUAGGACUGCCACCUAGAGAGCCCUGUAGGAGGAAUUAACACCCCGUUCCCCCAUCAACCCCCCAUGUUCCCCCAACACCCACCCCCUUAACGCAGUAAACAGCAACUCCCUCAUAGAUACUGAUGCUGUUAUUGGAAGCUGUCUCUGGCUCCCUCUCUUCAGCUUGUAAACAGGCUUGACCUAUCUACAACUAGGCUGAAAUGAGAUCACCAGAAUACUCAUUGACCAGUGAGACAACAAAAAAGCUUAGCAUUUAACCCUUUAAACUAAAAGGUUUUGACACUGGUAGAGCACGGCGCUUGUAACGCCAAGGUAGUGGGUUCGAUCCCCGGGACCACCCAUACACAAAAAUGUAUGCACGCAUGACUGUAAGUCGCUUUGGAUAAAAGCGUCUGCUAAAUGGCAUAUUAUAUUAUUAUUAUUAUUAUUAUUAUUAUUAUUAUUAUUAUAAUAGUGUUUGUUGUAAGGGAUGUUAUUAAAUGUUUGGUUAAUUGUAGAUUAGAAUAUACACUGACCCCCAUCCACUCCCCUUUUCUCAUCAAACAGCUGCUGAUGGACAAGAGGGUUGGUCUGAAGAGGUACGAAGUGGACGGAAGGAAGGUCCUCUUCUACUUUGAUGAGGUGAGUUAGCCAUACCAGUAUAUCACCAUUGUAAUCUGUUUAUAGCUGUGGUGUACUGUACUGAGAUCAGUUCUAACUGGUUAACGUUUGACCUGUCUCUAUGUUUGUCCCACCACACAGAUCUCCAGUCAGUGUAUGACGUGUGUGGCCUUUCAGGCUGUCAGGCAGUACAUAGUGGGCAAGACAGCACCUGUUCCGGUCAAGGUGUAUGACUACUACGAACCAGGUGUGCCUCUGAUGUAAUGAAUAUGCUCACUUUGCGAGCAGGAAAACCCUCCUCUGUCUUCACAAUGAUUUAGUAUGAUUUAUCGACAGCCUUCUCUCAGAGGAAAUUGGAAUUCUCUAGUCUGUGGUUUAACCCUCCCGUUGUCCUAGGGUCAAAAUGACCCGCCACUGUGUUGAACCAACUUUAUUUAAUUUUUAUAUUUUUGGGAUAAUUUGUGAGAAGGAGUCAGUGAGACUUUAAAGAAAGUAUCACUGCCUCCUUCUCACAAAUGAUCCAAAAAAUAUAAAAAUUAAAUAAAGUUGGUUCAACACAGUGGCGGGUCAUUUUGACCCUAGGACAACGGGAGGGUUAAAUAAUAGAUACAGCGUUCUUUUGUGGAGAGAGGUGCAUCCACCACUCAUACAAAGCUUUGUGUGUGUGUGUGUGUUACUGUCUCUCUCUCCACAGCGUUUGAGGCCACCCGCUUUUACAACGUGAGCGAGAGCAGUCCACUGGCCCGCGAGCUGUGUGACGGCACCACGUGCAACGAGGUGGAGAGCUCAACCAACCAUUGGAUAGGUAAGAGUUACACCACCGAGUUACAACACUUUACUGUAUUUCCAUUAAUGGUACUACGACAUUAUAUUUGUGUUAGUGCCCAUUAAGCCCAGCUAAUAGAACAGAGAGAGAGAGAGAGAGAGUGAAAGUGUGACAUGUCUCAUGGGGCUCCUCUGUAAAACUCCAUUUCCUGUCCCUAUGCUUUCUAAGAGCGUGUGUGUCGUGCCUAAAUUGUUAUUGGCACGGGCCGAUAUUGGAAAGAGAAGAAACAGAAUAGCAGGCCCGCACAGGAAUGCCCACUGUCCCUGGUUGUCAUCGUGCCGAGCCGAGUGUUUUCGUUUCAGAGAGACACACACACACUCUUAUUAGCGGGGGCCGAUGUUGCUACAACAAAUGGCGAAGUUUGCUCCUGUCACCGUGGUGACGAGUGGAUGACCCUGUGUGUGUUGGCACUGUGUUUUGCCGGCCUGGCUGAGAGAGAGCCUGAGGGGCUGGGACCCCCGCGCAGCUGGAACCAAGGCCAUGCUCAGACCCUGGGGAACCGCUCUCAUCAACACACACAUCCUCUCACACUCUUUCUUUUUUCUCUCUCUCUGUCUUAACUUUCCUUCCUAUGAAAGAUAUAUUCUCUUUUUCCUACUCUUUGCCUGACCCAUGGUUGGGAUAGUUUUUUGUCCUGUGCACUUUGACUAUAGAAAGUAAUAGUAAUGGUGUAUUUUUGUAGGCACUCCACCAUGGUUUGUUGGACAAAGCUUAUGGGAAAAUGAAUGGAGGUUUUGUAUGGUUUUUGGAUAAGCACCGAAAAUAAGGUCUGUGGUAAACACAGGCUUAGGAAAUCUUACAUUUUGGUCUAUGAUAAUCUUCAUCAGCUAGCGUCACUUUUUGUGAUUUUUGAAGUGUUUAUGUAAUUUAAAAAAGCACAUAAAGCACUAGUGUUAACCUCAGACCUUAUCUGGGGCAUUUAUCCCAAAACCCUAUUCUUACCCCAUUCAUUUUCCCCAUAGGGAUGGCUGAACGAACCAGAGGUAACUAAUUUCCGGUUUUUAUGGCGACAAGCUGGCGAGCUCUAUCAUGAUGGUUAAAUUUCACAACUAAAGUCACACAAUGUUUACACACAAUGUUGAUAAACAUUGUAAGAAAAAUGCAAAAGAUCCCCAAAGUAAAAAAAAAAAAAAAAAGUAUCUUGUGGUCCUCUGUAGCUCAGCUGGUAGAGCACGGCGCUUGAAACGCCAAGGUAGUGGGUUCGAUCCCCGGGACCACCCAUACACAAAAAUGUAUGCACGCAUGACUGUAAGUCGCUUUGGAUAAAAGCGUCUGCUAAAUGGCAUAUUAUUAUAUUAUUAUUAUUAUUGUCCUGUGUGUUUCCUCUGACCCAGGCUUUGUCCAGGGGAACCAAUGUAACAACGUGUUUGGCUGUCUGGAGGAGGAGCAGUUUGAGCGUUGCACCUGCUACAGGGACUGUGGCUAUGACGGGGAGCUGGUGUGUGGCUCAGACAGACAUCUCUACCAGAAUCAGUGCCAGAUGGAGGUCUUCGCCUGCCGCAACGGGACCCGCAUAGAACAAGUGCCCAUGUCCCAGUGUCCUCAGAGUAAGACAACUCUAUCGACUACUCUACCAGGGAUUGGCUCCAUUCCAUUUCAAAUGAAGUUCAUGAGCUGAAAAAUCCUCAAUGACAGUAAUGGCCAAUUAAUAAAUUCAUGAGUUUGAUGUCAAUUCGUCCUCUGAAUGGAUUUAAUUAAAAUCCACCACACCCACUGACUGCUCCUAACACUAGCAUGCCAGGCUCUGUACCCCUCCCAGUGGCUCUGCCAGCCAGGCCCACAUGUGGCUCUAAUUUAUCGGUCAGCUGUCACACAUUGAAGAGCUAAAACAUGAUCUAGUUCAUAGUCAAACAUUACAUCCACCGAAAAUAUGUCUCCAAAAUGUUGUGAUUAUUAGAAACACCCUUUGAGGAAUUGAAGAGAGGAUGUGCUGGGAAGAGGGUGCAGGGCAGCCCAACAUGCACAUCAUCUAUCACACACACACACAAAAGUUGGAGAAGAAAGGGUGGUGUGUGUGUGCGGCUGUGGUAACAGCUGUUCAGGUGCAGGCUGGAUGAAGUUUGCGAGGAGAGCUUCCCAGCGCUGCUAUAUUACAGGGCACCCCAAAUGACAGAGUGCUUUUGUCCAGGCCUUUGAAAACCCUGUCACAUUCCUUUCCGACGCACAGACCAACAACAAAGGAGCAUUCUUGUUGUGGAGCGGAUUGGGAAAAGGCACAGACAAAACCUAUGUGGGAAAACUAGGCUGCCUGUGCCAAGUGGUUCAUACAGUAGAUUAUCAAAAGGACCGGAUACGUGUUCCUAUUGUCGUUUGUUUGUGUAUGGGUGAUUUAGAAAUAUGCACCCACAUUGGAAAUACGGGAAAAGAUAUCACACUUUUACCGUAACCGUACAGUACAAUAUGUGGUCCGUGUAACAUUGGCUUGUUGUCAUUGUGUUGUCUUUUUUCACACAGUGGAAUCCACCACGGAGGACAGAGAGACUGCAACAGCCGAGGAACCAGAGCAAGCUCCUGUGCCUGUACACAAAGGUAAAUACAGUGCCUGGCAAAGCACACACACACACACACACACACACAAAAACUCAUACAGACACACACACACCACUCUCUCUUUUCCUCUCUACACCUCCUCCACCCCUAUCUCUCAUUGGACACCAGCUGUUCCCAGCUGCAGGAGUGAGUGUGUGUGAGGGUUGAGGAGUGUGAAGAGUGUGUGAGUUGUGAGUGCCAGCCAAAGGCAAGGGUUCGGACGUAUCACCUCUGAGUGAAGCAGGCGUUGACAUGUGCAGACUCAUACUUUUGCGAACCCUGCUCUGCUCUGUUCCCGCUCUAAGACACUGUAUACAUGCCUGACAGAGGCCCAGACCUCUACUGUGCCCACUGUAAAUGUCUACCUGUUUUAUCCAUUGAUCUGUAUUGUAUGAGGGAUUGGAGCUUACUCCAGCUCAGACUAUACACAUGCAACCCUCUGAGAACAUUCACAUACAGACUGCUACAAUAGUUUGCUGUAGCCUACACCCACUGUAAAGUAUAUGUCCACCAACAUGCAUCUGCUUUUUCUUGCUUAUAAAGUCUAAAGAGUUUGAUCAGUGUUUUAGAAGAGCUAGAGGUAUAGAUGAGAGUCCCUUCCCUCCUGUCCUCCAGGUCUGAUCACUCUGUCUGCCUGCAGUGUGCUGGGGGCUGUUGGGACUUGCCCCAGUCUGCAGGAAAGGUGAGGAGAGGGGAAGUAGAGCACUGACUCCUCAGUGGAUCACUUCUACAGGCUACUCUCACAUUCAGAUAAACAGGAGGAUAGGCUUUCCUUAGGGGGAUCGUUUUUCUUAAAGGUGAUAUUUGUUGCUCCACCACAGGGUUCACUUAGAUGUCAAGCUUAAAUAACUUGUUACAGAACUCCUGGUCAGAUAUAUCACUUUUAUGUUGGUGUGUAGCAGGAAUCGUGGCUGUGAUAUAGAGUAGGCUCACGUCCGUGCGUGCGUGCGUGUGUGUUUGAUGUGGCCUAUGCCUGUGCUGACUUGUUCCCAGCCUGCAGCUCACAGUAGCUUUAAUGGAGUUCCACAAAGGUCAAAGGUCUCCUCAGUACAAAGACUGAUGCUUCACAAUGGAAGAGACCUCACCACAGGAAUGCCAUUAAAACUCUAGUGCGGUACACACGUACAGAAAACAUGUAUCAAACCAGAUUAUUACACUCAAUGAACAUUGUGCAAACUGUAAUUCUGAGCUAUUAUAUGUUGUUGACCUGAGCUCCUCUGUGCGUUAGGUUAGGUAGAUUGUGAUUGAUGUGAUUUUGUGUGCCAAGAAUCUGACCGCAUUCUCAACAGAUCAAGUGAAGACAUUGAGACUUUGGAAUCAGUUCCUCUGUGUGGACAUGUCCCUUAGUGGUGAAACAGCGUCAGAGCUGAGGGCACGAUUAAUUCAACAAAAUACUCUGUUUAAGAGACUGAUUAAAAUAAAUGUAAUGUAGUGUGUGUACUCAUUUGAAAUGUAUGAUUUCCAAAAGGAGCAGUGUGCAUGCAGUGCUUCACGAGGCUGAACUUUUAAAGGACAUAGUGACCCCUACUGGCCACUUUGUACAAUUAACUCAUUUUUGGUAGAUACUCUGUGGAAACAUAAUGUUAUACCCGUUGACUUUUUUGCCAAAGCUAGUGUUCUCUCAAAACUAUUUUUUUGCGAUUUUUUUUUUUACCAUCCCUCCUCCCCUAUCUCUGUCCCUCUCUCUUGUGCUGUAGGUGAGGAAGAGCAGGGUUCCAUGGCUGAGGUGUCCUACUACUCCUAUGAGUAUGACCCAGACUCAGAACCCUUCGCUGUGGAGGGGGAGGACCACUUUGAGCUGGCGGCAGGGGAGCAGGGGGGAGAGCAGGAGAGUCCAUCAGAUAGCCAGCUACCCACACUGGACACAAAGGACACCCAUGAGCGAUGGUAUGGCCCUCUGACCUCCCCGUCUGUCUGCACAACAACACUGAGUUGGAACCGUUAGCACGGUGGUAAUGUGGAUAGGACUUGAAAUUAAGUAAACUGUGACUUUGUAACCUCAAACCUGUUUCAGUCUAUUUCCGCUGUAAUAACAAAGUGUAUUCAGAUAACUCUACAUCAGUGGCAGUCAGUGCCGUUUAAGAUGAGGGAGGACAAUUUUACUUCUUAUUUCUAUUAUAGCAUAUUGGAUGACUAUCAUUCAUAUUCCAUUCACCCAGCUCAAUGUAACAGCGAUAGGUUUAGGCUACUACAUGAUACUCACAUUUUCCCUAUAUCCAUCAUGAGGUUGCUACAACCUAGCCUAUGAAUGAAAGUUUACAACGUAGCUGCACACAGGUCGAGAGAAAAAUUUGAGGUGACAGACAGUGACACAUGGACAGACAGUGACACAUUCAAUACUGCCUUGCACACUCUUGCCUGCAUGUAGCUGAUCUAGGGUGUAAUCAUUAAGUUGCAAACAAGUUUCUAUUGAACAAAUUCAGGUAUGUUUAUCCCCGUUCCGUUUGCUUCAGAAUCAGCGGAAUGAAUACACCCCUGAUCACGCAUAAACACAGUUAACUUUCAUAGCUGCCACGUUGUAUUCCUUCUAGCAUCUAUGCACUCUCCUCCUCUCACCUUUUCACUUCACUUGUGGACUUUAAUGCACAACACAUAAGCUGUAUGUGACCAGGCGAAAAAACCAAUCCAAGCCAAACCAUAUCAUAACCGCUACACAAAGCCUAUAUCGUUGUCACCAUAUUUGCUAAAGUCAUAGUCAACAUAGCGAAUAGAACUAACGUGUUAGUAAACCCGCUACAGUCAUGCAGUAACGUUAGUGUACAGUCAGUAAGCAGUUUAGCACUUACACUGGCGGGCCCCGGUGGCAAUAAAUUAGAAAAACCAAAAGCUUACCUUGGAAGAGUUCCAGUGUUGUGUUGGAUAGUCAUAGCCAGCUAGCUAACAUAGCAUCCCUCUGUUUCAGCAGGCUGUUUGAGUAUGCUAAACUAGCUAGCUGCAUUUGCUAGCUAAGUAAGUGAAACUGAACGUUUUUUAUUUAUUUAUUAACUCUCGCUCUUGCUUCUGCUUCAUUUUGGAAGAAAUUGAUUUGUUCAAAACUGUUCAACUAUUGUAUUUUUCUCUCUGAGUCAACUACUCACCACAUUUUAUGGACUGCAGUGCUAGCUAGCUGUAGCUUAUGCUUUCAGUACUAGAUUAAUUUUCUGAUCCUUUGAUUGGGUGGACAACAUGUCAGUUCAUGCUGCAAGAGCUCUGAUAGGUUGGAGGACGUCCUCCGGAACUUGUCAUAAUUACUGUGUAAAUCUAUGGAAGGGGGCGAGAACCAUGAGCCUCUUAGGUUUUGUAUUAAAGUACAUUUACCCAGAGGAGGAUGGAAGCUAGCUGUCCUCCGGCUACACCAUGGUGCUACCCUACAGAGUGCUGUUGAGGCUACUGUAGACCUUCAUUGCAAAACAGUGUAUUUUAAUCAUUUAUUUGGUGACGUGAAUAUAUUUAGUAUAGUUUUAUCUAAAAGGAUAACUUUUUUAAUGUUUUACUAUUUUUAUGAUGGUCCUCCCCAUCCUCCUCUGAGGAGCCUCCACUGCAUUACAUCAAAGAUAGCAUAUCUGUACCUUUCUAUCAAAUUGCAAUGAAGAACAUCAUCAGAGAUCUUAUUCAGUGUACUGUUCUCCUCUCCUUCACAGAAACUGCCCCUGACUGCAUCACCAGCCAGAUCUCCAAAUUGUACAUUGUUUGUUAAUAUGUUAGAGUGUGUGGAGACUGGAGAGAGAAGGAAAAGUGGGGACUGCCCAGCCUGAAAGGAAGAGAUGGUGGGGUGUGUGUGUGUACGCGCAUAUGAAUGACUUAAGGACUACGUGCGCGCGCGUGUGUGUGUGUGUGUUACUAAUCUAGUCCCCCUCCAGCCCUCUGUAUUUCUCUCUCUUUUAUAUCUCCAGUCUCCUAUUCACCAGUAGACACCAUAGCGUCUUUGAUAUUCACUGUAGUGCCUUUACAUUGUUUUUCUGUAACCUCUAGAUUGAAUAAUCAAGUAUUUAUGUUUGUAAUUGCACAUGAGUUAAAACAAAUGUUUUGUUGUUUUUUCUAUCUGUGGUAUUUAUUUGUAGCUAGUGCUUUUUUUGUUUUAUUUGUUCCAAUGCCGCCCCCAAUUGCCUUCUUGUCCUGUCACCGUCACCAAUGUCUUCAUUUAAUUCAUAAAAAAUAUGGCAAGAUGUGAUGCACCUAUUUUUAUUCUGAGGAAGCCUUAGGUCAAACACUGAGGUGUACAGUGGAUAUCUUUAUGUACUUAUUUGAUGUGUUAACCUACUAGAGACUGAAUUUCUGCAGGCUUAAACUGGAGGAUUAAGAUAAACUCAGUUCUUCUAAACAUAUUUACCAAUCUACCAAUAUCUCCACAUAAGUCCUAUUUGGGUAUAGCUGUCACCUUACUGUUGAACAGACAGGGAUUUGAUUGUACAGUACAUAAGCUAUUUUGUUUUGUUAAAUUUUGAUUAUUGAAAGCCUAAAACAAGAAUAAAGGUUUGGAAUUAUUGUAAAUUUACCACAUUUAAACCAAUGUAACCCCACAUCCAUUUUCAAUACAGUUGCUUUUGAAAAACAAGAGAAUAAACUUUGUAUACAA